AUGGCCAAAGUAGCAAAAACUCAAAUUCAGUCUAUGAUAACUGCAUUGAAUGAUAUUAAUAUUUUUGUUAGAGACUACACAACUGAACAUAACACAAAAACAAAACUAAUGGUACAACUAGAAGAAAUUUCCACUAUGGCAGACAAGUUUGAGGAUUGUCAAGCAAUAGUAGAAGAAGAGGAUCAAACAAAAUCUCAAAAGGAGUGGAUUGAAGAAAGAAGUUUUUUUCGAAAACUCCUACGUGGAGUAAAGGUGUCAUUAUUGGAGCUUAUAGAAAAAUAUGAAGCAACUAGUAAUUCUGUGACCGCUCCAUCGUAUAGUGAAAUUUCUAGAAGUAAAAAGUUCAACAUGUUGAGGCUUCCAACACUAAAAACACCCUCCUUCAAUGGUGAUUGGCAACAAUGGACAGCAUUCAUUGAUGAUUUCAAUACAAUGUUUCACAAUAAUGAAGAUGUACCCAUUAUCUUAAAGUUUCACUAUUUGAAAACCUGUGUUGAAGGCCCAGCAAGAGAAGUUAUUCAAAAUUUUAAGACAACUGAAGAAAAUUAUCAGGUAGCUUAUGAUGUCUUAAAAUUGAGAUACGAAAAUAAAAGUGCAAUAAUACAAUCUCAUAUGCGUUCACUACUCAAUACGCCAAAGGUGAUGUCAGCCUCUGCUAGUGAGUUGCAACGACUGCAUUAUCACAUAUCGUCAAACAUCAAUGCGCUAACAGCCUUUCAGCAGCCAGUAGACCAAUGGGAUGCUUGGCUAGUAACCCUUAUGUGCACUCGCUUAGAUAGUGUAACCGUUGCUGAGUGGCAGCUCAAACAGGACACCAAAGAGCUACCAAAAUAUAAAGACUUAGAACUCUUUUUGUCUAAUCGGAUAACAGCAUAUGAAGCUGGUGACAUAGCAAUGAUAUCCUGUUCUGACGACGCAAAUAAAACCAACGUUACUAAUAAACCUUGA